AAGGAGACGGGUUUACAGUGGAGAGAUGCUCAAACAUUGAUAAAGUCAUUGUCCUCUAGCGAGGUUUCAUGAGUGUUGGUUGGCCAUUCAGUUUUGGAUAAUCGCAAUGCAUUUUUUUUGCCUGCUCUAACUACCUUUCGUGUUUGUAUUGCCUGAUAUUAUUUUGGCUAUUCUCCUGCCCCUUUUCAUUUCUUAGGUCGGGGCUGUUUGCCUAGGCGAAUUUAUAUUCCAUUUUCAUUUGAUUAGGUUCCCCCCUCCUCCCCGUGUAUACUUUCUAGUUUCAUCUUGGAGUCCCCAAAACUAGCAGGCCGUAUGCAUAUCUGUUCUUAUGGUAUUAGCUCUCAGUUAUAGUUUGAUGGUUUGUCCACUCUUAUAUUGUGCAUCCAUGCCGAGUUCAAUAGCAGGUGAGUGUCAUUAGAACACUUGGUUUUUUUUUGUUCUUUUUCAUUCUAUUUUGAGUAAGGCUAUUCUUCAUCACUACCUGCGUCAUUUUCCAUAGCACUUUUGAUGUGAUACAUUUCUCAAGUUGAUGCCAUUUAAGUGGUAGAUAUAAGAAACUCCUUGAAAUAUGACACACUAUUUACCGGGGAUGACAAGAUUUGGAAUGAAUAGUAACAUUUUUGUGCGAGAAUUUAGAAAAGUUGUAAUGAUGAGAUGAGAUGAGAUGAGAUUAGAUGAGAUUAAACACUUAUUGUAUUUUAAAGAGGCUUAAUGAUUUUUAUGAAGAAACUUGAAAUUAAUAGGAUCAUUUUGUAUGGUAUAUAGUUGAAAAGUAUGUAUGCAGAUAUCCUUAAGAAGGAAGCCAAGUGAUUAACUGGCUUACAAUGAUACUUAUUUAAUACCAUCUGUAGAAUUCCUUGGUGGACAUAAAGAGACACAUUUGUUGAAGUGCAAUAAAAAGCUGAAACAAUUGUACAAUAAUUGAUGCAUGAUUAACGUCUAUGGAAAAAAAAAUAUUGUUUGAUUUAAUAAGGAGUGAGUUCUAUUAGGUUAUUUUUUUUUUUGAUCAGUCGUUCUAUUAGGUUAUUUGACCAAAAGAAGUUUAAUUGCUUGCAAACACACGAAUCAUAGUAUGCAAUCUGUGUAAAGAUGGUGGACAGAUAUCAAUCACUUGGUUGCCUUUGGUGUUGGAUAAUUUCAAGUCAACUCUUUUUUUGGAGGAAGAGUCGUUCGUCUCCUCGCCCAUAUGAGCAAUAUUUCAUGUUCAGGCUAAGAGAGCUGGUUCAAAGCUGAAGAGUCGAAUUGUUGCUGAGCAAUCAAUAACUAAGUGGUCUUGAGAUAAUUGAGCACAUGGAAGAUCAAGUGGCUGCAGUUCUUCAAGAAGAGAGUGAAGCGAGAGCCCUACGAAAAGCUGAAAUGGAAGCAACAAAGGCUGAAAAUAUGAUUGCAUAUAAGGAUGAAAUUUAUUCACGGCCCAAAAAGACCUGGUUUGUUACAGAAAGAGAAAAAGCUUGUUGCGAAUGCUGUAAAGAAAAUUUUGCCUCGAAGAAGCGUCGAAAAUUGGAAGCAGCUAGAGAAACGUUGGAGGAUAAAAAUCAAAUUAACAAAUUAGAAGGUAAUGGGAAAAUUAAUAAAGAAAAGACUGGAAAGUCACUUGUCGAUGUGGGCUAUACCAACGGGCGAAAGCAGUGAAGGCUAAAAAGAGGGCGCAGGAUGCUGGCAAGAUUGUGAAGAAGACCGGUAUGAAAUCAAAACCUCUAACCCAAAAAACUCAAUCAAGAACAGAACAGAACAGAUGUGGGAGCUAUUCCAGAGUGACAUGGGCGAGAGAGCAGAAAAGAAACGUCAGUGCACCCAAGAGAAAAUCCAAAAGUUCGUUUAAGAGCAAGUCAAGGUACAAGCCCAGGUAGCACUAUCAAGUCGGUGGCUAAGAUUUCCUAUAACAUACCUCCGUGCGAGGAAUGGACUUUCUAUGGAAUUUUCAUUUGGACAUUCAUUAUCAUCAUUUUGUUUGUUUUAUAAAUUAUUACGAUGUAACGUCAAAGUGUAACAUUAGCAGUAAAGAAGAAAAGGUUGAGGUUUCCAAACGUUUAUGAAACUUGAGAUUUUUAUUUUG